AUGUCCAUGCAGCUCCUAAUGAAGCAGGUGCUCUUGUGCAUUGCCCUCCUGAGAUUCAGUGAGGGCGCGAAGAUCAGUUCCCUUGAAGCAGCCGUUCGCUCAGCCAUCCAGUCGUCCUUUGCCACGACACCAGGUGCGAGCAAUGUCAGCGAGCGGUUGUCAGAGGAGGAGAUCCAGUACAUGCUGAGCCUUGCCCGCGAAGGAGGAGAUGGACUGAGCCGAAUUGAGGUCACCCGCUUUCGUGCAAAAGACUCGGUAACUGGAGAAGAGUAUGAUGAUGUCUUUUACAACGAGACCUCCGAGGACGAAGGACGGAGCAUCUGCCAGGAAGAAGGCGACAACUUCACGCCCUCGUUGGCGGUCAUUGAGACUGCCCGACGCCUCCGCGAGACUGAAGGUGGCCCGUUGAUGGCUUCAGCAAUUUCAGCAUUCGUGGAUAUUGCCGAGUAUUUCGGUCAGGAGAUUUAUCACAUGGAGGCACCGGUGGGAUCGUUGGAUCCCAUCGAGGUCCCCUCGGCGGAGAAGCUGUCACAGCUUUCGACCGACUGGUUGGAGGAGCUGAACGCCGUGUUGACAAAAGAGCAGCGGGACCCUUGCCCCACGGGCCCGAAGUGGCUGCUCGUCUGCAUGAAGAAGACAACCUGUCUGCUGGAGCGAGCAGCAGAAGCCACCCCUCACAUCAUCACUCCUGGUCGCAUGGCCACCUACCUUGAAGUGGCAAAAGAGGUGGAGGACCACUACGAGGAGUUUGCCGUCCAGGCUUUCAUGGGCCUCCCAUACAUGCCGGAUCUCUGUGACGGUGAGGAGAGCAGUUUGGAGUUCCCUGGAGCGCUGCCCGCUCCUGCGGGGCCCACAGCUUUGCUGCAACUCAAAGCCGAGAGCGAGGCAGCCGAUGAGCAAGGCGAGCGCUACGGCCGGGCUGUGUCCGCGGUCCUCCACACGCAGCGGGCAUCUGCCAGGACGGUGCAAGCUCUCAAAGACCACUCACGUCUGCACUUGCUGGAAGCGUCCUUUUUCACCCACACCUGGAAGAAGGCAUGCGAGCUCAUCGGGUGCAAGACGAACUCUUUCGUUGACAUCAUGGAUGCAUCGGCGGGUCACACGGCUGAGCUCGUGGAAGUCAAGGCAUCCUGGCAUGCGGUUAAAACCCAUCACGUUGCAUUCAUGCAGUUCAGAACGGCCGUUUGGAGCGCCAUGAAUGCCAGCUCUGCCUUCCAUGAGAACUUCACCGGCUUCAUUUACCAUCCAGGCAGAGCAAGGGGCUCCAAGCGGGUGAAUCCCAUCUACAAGGAAACAGGCGAUGUGCUGUCUACGGCCUUGGCUCUUCAGCGUGGCAACCCGAAAGAGAAUAACAACGGCAAGAACAUCAAAAAGAGCGGCUGGUGGUGCUUCAGUUUCACAGCUACGGCCACCGGAGCCUACGGCAAGAAGUUCCCGACCAACGAGGCGACGUUCGGCGUGAUCAUCGGUUUCAAGCUGCUCUCGGGCUCAACGACGAGCCUGAAGACUCUCUUGAGCAGCAAGGAGCCGACUGUCGACUUGAAGACGUCUGUCGGCCUCACCAUUGGCUAUGUUCCUCAACUUGCAAGCUUUGUCGGUGUCCGAGCAGGUGUAUCCGUCGGGGGAACAUUGGCUCUUGGCCCGAAAAAAGUCAAAAUGAGCGUUUCACUUGGGCUUGGCAUGAGUGCAGCCACCGGCGCCGUCCAUCCGUCACUUUGCGGCGGGCCCCAGAAGAUUGGUAUUUUCAGUUGUGGGGGGAGUGUGGCGGCAUCCUUCACUCUGUUCUGCAAAGAGAUCAACUUCCUGAACGGCGACAAUGGUGCUGCCUUGGAUGACCCCUGUGCCACUGGCAGCAAGGUGUACGUCCAGAAUCACCGCCGGCGCCGCCGCUGGCACUACGACAUGCCUGGGCAGAGCCGGACAGUGGAGGAGAAGGCCGAGUAUUGCCGAGAGCGCUGCAACAAGGUGAAGGGUUGCAAGCAUUAUUCCUACUGGAAGGACGGAGGUUGCCACCUUCAGAAUUGGGAUUCCCACACUGAGAAAAAGAACAACGCGAAGACUGGCCCCCCUACAUGCUGCGCAGUUGGACGGACGAGGUGGGAAUACCCCCAGGGUCACCGCAGAAGGAGAAUCCUCGACAUGAGCGGACAGGGACGGAGCAGUGAGAACACCCUGGAGGAUUGCUGA